AAACUAAAUAAGAGUUCUCGGCGUUGGUACGAUUGGUCAGAUUGGUUGCGGAAUCCUCGAUACUGGGCUAUAUUUCAGUCUUGUGAUACGUAUGGGGAGAUAGACUACACGUCACACGACUUGAUAAACGAUUACAGAAUAGCCACUUAAUACCACGCCUGCUUAAAGAAUAAAGUAAUAUGAAGCUGGCAAGAGCAGGAAGGGCGUUGCUCUGGUGUGCUGAGGCAGCCACUAAAAGAUAUAAACGUCCAAUUACGCCCCUGACCCAAUCGCGUUUACUACAAAAUAGAACAAUGAGUGUAUGGACAAAAGAUAAUACUUUCAAGAGUCCAGCAUCGGAUAUUGAUAUACCUAAUAUAUCAUUUGCUGAAUAUAUGUUCUCUAAAUGUGAUAAAUACCGAGAUUUACCAGCAGUGACAGAUUUUUCAUCUGGUAGAAGCUAUACUUACAGCCUGGUAAAAGCUUCAGCAGUAAAAGUGGCCAGUGCCUUGACUAAAUUGGGUUAUAAGAAAGGAGAUGUAAUAGCUGUGUUUAGUGUCAAUAUGCCAGAAUAUUCUAUAUUAAUGAUAGCAGCAGCUUCUAUAGGAGUUAUAAUAACACCAGCUAACCCAGCAUAUACAGCAGGUGAAUUAGCGAGUCAACUCGAACAUUCUAAAGCUCAAGCAGUAUUCACAAUUCCACAGUUAUUACCAGUUUUACAAAAGGCACUCAGUCUUAAUUCCACAGUGAAAAAGAAUAUUAAGGAUAAGUUUAUAUUUGGAGAAGGCGAGGGUUGUAAACCUGUCCAAUCUUUAUUAAAUGACGAUGGUAAAAGUAUGCCAGAUGUAGAUAUAGAUGUGAAGAAUGAUAUAUUAGUUUUACCAUAUUCAAGUGGUACUACAGGUCUACCCAAAGGUGUCAUGUUAACACACAGUAACUGUGUAUCAAAUCUUCUUCAAUUCAGUGGCAUGGUGGACAUUACAGAAACAGAAGAUGUAAUGUUGGGUAUUUUACCUUUUUAUCAUAUAUAUGGUAUGAUGCCAGUACAAUUUGGUUGUUUACAUAUGGGUUGUCAUUUAGUCACAUUACCUAAAUUUGAUCCAACAGAAUUCAUGAAAGCUUUACAAGAAUACAAGAUUUCUCAACUACAUCUAGUUCCACCAAUAGUACUUUUUAUGGCUAAACAUCCAAUGGUAGAUCAGUUUGAUCUGUCGUCGUUAAGAUUUGUGGUUAGUGGUGCUGCUCCGUUAGGAGAAGGUUUGAGCAAGGGAUUUAUGGAUAGAACUAAGGCACCCAUUUAUCAAGGUUAUGGUUUGACAGAGACAUCACCCGUCGUUAAUAUUGAUUAUGCCCCUGGUAAACCAGGAUCAACUGGACCAAUUGUACCUAAUUCAAUAGGAAAGAUAUGUGAUAUAGAGACAGGUAAAAGUUUAGGUGUAGGGGAAGAAGGUGAAUACUGUGUGAAAGGGCCACAGGUAAUGAAAGGUUAUCUCAAUAAUCAACAAGCAACGGACGCCAUGAUCGAUAAAGACGGAUGGUUACAUACAGGAGACAUAGGGUAUGUUGAUGAGAGUGGUGUGCUGGUAAUAGAAGACAGACUUAAAGAACUAAUCAAAUAUAAAGGUUUCCAGGUUCCACCAGCAGAAUUAGAAGCUUUGUUAUUAACGCAUCCUAACGUACAAGACGCUGCUGUUAUCGGUAUAGCUGAUCCCGAGGCAGGAGAACUACCCAAAGCUUAUAUCGUACCUAAAUCCGAUUCUAAACUCACAAGUCAAUGUGUAGCUGAAUUUAUACAAGAACGUGUAUCUCACUACAAGAGACUACGAGGUGGUGUGCAGUUUGUUGAAGCUAUUCCCAAAUCUCCUAGUGGUAAAAUAUUACGGCGAGUGUUAAGAGACGUGGCCGUAUAAAUAAUUGCGCACAUAUUAUUUAGUGAAAACAAGACAUUCAAAUGGCUCAAUCUUAACCUUCUGAACGAAUUGUAUGAAUUAAAGUGAAGCGUGCAUGUAAUUGUGCAUCACAGUUUUGAAUUAUUUUAUAUAACAAUUUAUUUUAAUUCAGAAUUUUGGAACAAAUUUAGUUGGCUUUUUCCAAAUGGACGAUAAUAAUGCAUCUUAAAGUUUUGGCAUAAUUAGUAUGUUAUGUUCUACAGUCUUCAAGUAUGUAAAACAACCUAAUCUAGAGAUGCGAGCCGGUCAUGGGAGCGUCAUUCUGAAGAGGCGUACCCAUUCUGAUAGUUAACAGACGGCAAAGUGAUUUUGUUUUUAUUUUGUUCUUGUGUUUGUUGGUAUCAAGAACUUCUUUCGGCAAAGUGAUUUUGUUUUUAUUUUGUUCUUGUGUUUGUUGGUAUCAAGAACUUAUUUUUCAAAAGUAUAAAGUUCUACUAUUUUCAAUGCGUGUUAUCAUAUAUUUUUAUAUGCUGUUAAAACAAGCACUAUAGAGAGAGUUUUUAUAAUUAUUUAAAUAUUGAAAUAUCAAUAGACACGGUGUAAAUCAAUGGGCUUUCAUGUGUAACAUUUACUUUGUGUUUGGGAUCAAAUUUUGUAAAAUAAAAG